GGCGCAUUUCUCUCUGGCGUUACUGUUCACUGGCCGAAUUUCCUUUCGAAAUUCUCCAUGUUGAACGCACGUGCUCGUGGAUAAACGUCGGGAGUAAUUUCGUGACGAAGAGUAGCCGAACGCGUGCAUAUAACUCAUUAUGGGUAGACCAGCGUUUUCACCAGGUAAUAGAGGAGGAGGCCGUGGAGGUGGUCGCGGUGGAGGUCGUGGUGGUGGUGAUCAUGAUGGAGGUAGACGGAGUUUCGGUGAUGGUCGUGGAGGUGACAGAGGUGGAUUUGGUGGAAGAGGUGGAUUUGGUGGAAGAGGUGGAUUUGGUGGAAGAGGUGGUACUCCACGUGGGGGACGAGGCGGCGGCCGAGGGGGAAGAGGAGGAGGUGGAGGAGGUUUUAAAGGCGGUAAAAAUGUCAUAAUAGAGCCGCAUCGCCACGAGGGAGUGUUUAUAGCUCGAGGGAAGGAAGAUGCCUUAGUGACCUUGAGCUUGGUGCCUGGAGUAGCGGUGUAUGGAGAAAAAAGAAUUAGCGUUGAGCCUGAGAAUUCCGACGAAAAGGGCGAGAAGAUUGAGUACAGGGUGUGGAACCCAUUUCGAUCCAAGUUAUCCGCCGCCAUUCUCGGAGGCGUCGAUAAAAUCUACAUGCCUCGUGGAAGCAAAAUAUUGUAUCUGGGCGCAGCGUCGGGUACCACCGUGUCUCAUGUCGCCGAUAUAAUUGGUCCGGAAGGAAUUGUCUUUGCCGUGGAAUUUUCCCAUCGAACAGGAAGAGACUUAAUUGAUGUUGCUAAAAAAAGGAGUAACAUUAUACCUAUAGUUGAGGACGCGAGACAUCCUCACAAGUAUAGAAUGCUUGUAGGGAUGGUAGACACUAUAUUCUCAGACGUCGCACAGCCAGACCAGGCGAGAAUUGUCGCGCUAAAUGCGCAGAAUUUCCUCAAGAACGAAGGACACUUUGUCAUCUCUAUUAAGGCAAGUUGCAUAGAUUCACUCGCUGCGCCUGAAGCGGUGUUUGCGGCGGAAGUGAAAAAGUUAAUUGCUGAUAAUUUGAAACCGCAGGAGCAGAUCACGCUCGAACCAUAUGAGAGAGAUCACGCCGUUGUGGUCGGCGUUUAUAGGCCACCGCCGAAAAAAGCCUAAAAUUAUGUAUAUAGAUACGUAUAAUAUAAGAUUACUUAUUGAAAAUAGUGAAGAUUAUUGUAAUGUUUGUCUUUUCGCUUUCCUGUUUAUAUUGUUUUUAAUAAAAUUUAGAUAGUAUUGCAAAA